ACAACGAUAACCGUGUCGUUGGGGAAUUGAGGGAGAGUGGUCUCAAUAGGAAGGACAGCGGUGAGAUCGCCGGUGCCAAUCAGAGUAGGCACAACAAUCUCCGUGAUGUUGGGGAACUCAGGGAGAGUGGUCUCGAUGGGGAGAACGGCUGUGAGAUCGCCGGUACCGAUCAGAGAGAUAGCGGCCGACGCAGUCGCGUUGGAGUAGGGCGCGCUGAUGGUGUCGAUCGAGAUAGAAGGCAGGAUAGACCCUACGACAUCUGUUCCGAUAGAGAGCGUGGGAAGAACAAGAGUCGGGAUGACAGCGGUCACGUUGGCGAAGGGAACCUCCACGGAGAGAGUGACGGGGAGCGCAGUUCCGGCUGACGGAAUGAGCAGAGUGGGCUCGAUAGUGGCAGUGAUGUUAAUGACGCUGGUCAGUCCGGCGGUGACGUUGAGAUCAGCACUGACGCCAAUGGUCGCGCUGAUCUCUGGGACGGAGACCUCGGUGGGAAGGAUCUCAAUGGCAGUCAAGCUGGCUGUAGCGUUGAGGUCAGCGCUGACACCGAUGCUUGCGCUGAUCUCAGGGAGCGCGAUUGAAAGAUCCGUGGGAACGAUGAUCACAAUAGGGCCAGAGGGAGACGAAGGAGCAACCACGGUGACAUUCUCGAUAGGGAACAGGGGAGACACAGUCGGGAGCGGGAGUACGAUGAUCGGGCCGGUGACAAUAGGCGCAGUGACGAUAGGCGCAGUGACGAGAGGAGGCAGGAAGUCAGUGGGCAGCGCAACGCCGGUGGGCAGCUCAACGUCGAUAUCAGUAGUGUUGGUUUCAACCGGGGGUACAACAAUGACAAUUGGGAGGUCAGUCGACUCGGGAAGCAACUCUGUGGGGAUGCUAGGCUCGCCGGUGGGGAAGAGUUCGAUUGCGGUGGAGAGGUCCCCAAUGGGGAGAAUAGACAUUAUUGGGUCAGAUUCGCUGAUCGCGGGGAGAUCUGUAGGGAUGGCCACGACGGGACCGGUGGCGGUAGCGACCUCGCUAAUGAUGCUCUCAAUAACGCUGAUCACGUCGACGGGGGACUCGGAAGCGGCUGGGCCAGGAACGACGACGACGGGCGGCACAUUGUAGCUACCGUCCUUGUCGUCUCCGUCUCCAAUGUUAGGCGGGCUACCGUUGAAAAGCUUCCUGAAGAAGUCCUGGAAGACCUGCCAUCCGUUGUAACUUUCGAGGGUGUCAAUGAUGGCGUCGAAGACAUUCUUGGUCUCGGGGUUCUCGGGCUCCUGGCGCUCAACGACCGGGAGAGAAACCACCUGACGAGGGUCCAAGACUUUGUGAACAUGGGGGUGGGGGACGGCUACUGCAUUAACGAAGGUCUGCGCGAGAAAAAGCGCAACAAUAAAACGAAUGGCUGCUUGGGAGCGGACGGGAGACAUGGUGGCUCCGGGCGCUGAUAAGCGGGGUAAAGAGUGACAAGUGGUGAGAGUUUGAGACAAUGAAGAGACUCUGGUCGAUUU